CCCGCAGGCCUCGAAGCGUGCGGUGCUGAGGCCGGGAGAUGGAGCUGCCGGACCCGGUCCGCCAGCGGCUAGGAAACUUCAGCCGGACUGUGUUCCGAGACUCCAGCCGGACCGGGCCGGAAUAUGGCGAGGAGGGUCCCGAUAAUGAAAUGGUCUCCAGUUUGGCACUGCAGAUGUCACUUUAUUUUAACAGUUACUUUUUCCCAUUUUGGUGGAUGAGCAGCGUUGCAAUGCUUCAGAUGAAGUAUUCAAUCUUGCCUGAUUACUACAAAUUCAUUGUGGUCACAGUUAUCAUCCUAAUAACUUUAAUUGAAGCUAUCCGGUUAUAUCUGGGCUAUAUGGGUAACCUGCAGGAGAAGGUUCCUGAGCUGGCUGGCUUUUGGCUUCUGAGUCUUCUGUUGCAGUUGCCUUUAAUUCUUUUUUUGCUCUUUAAUGAAGGCCUCACAAAUCUGCCUUUGGAAAGAGCAGUACAUAUUAUUUUCACUAUUUUCCUUACUUUCCAAGUGGUUUCAGCAUUUCUUACCUUGAAAAAAAUGGUAAAUCAGUUGGCCACUCAUUUCCACCUCCAAGACUUUGACAGGCUUUCUGCAAGCAGAAAAGAUAUGAGAAGAAUGAGAUCCUGUACAGAAGAGAUCUGACCCUGUGCUACUGAAUGAAAUCUAAAAGAACAGUCUAGAAGACAAGUUAGUAAAAUAUAAGAGAUUCAGCAUGAGCAGAUGAAAGAAAGCAAGUAUGUUGAAUAUAUACAGUCUUACUUUGAGAUUCCAAGGUUGGAGCAGUAAGACUAUUUGAGGGGGACUUGGGUUGGCUCCCACCCCGCUGUGCUCAGGGCUUCCUCCUGGCUCCAUGCUCAGGGAUCACUCCUGGCAGACUCAAGGACCACUCCCGCCGUGCUCAGGGAUCACUUCCGGCAGACUCAAGGAUCACUCCUGCCAUGCUCAGGGAUCACUCAGCAGGCAACUUAUCUGUUGUACUACUACUCCAGCCCAAAUAAGACUAGUUUAUAGUAUGUGAAAGCAAUCCUAAAAACUAUAUGUUGUCCAUCUAAUAUAAAAAAUAUUAAUUUUUGUAAUGCCAAUUUUUUAAGGUAUAUAGAAAUCUAUGAUGGUCGUCGAGUUUGCCAAUUUUAUAAUUAUUGUAGUUUGUAUCUGUGACUCAAAAUUUAUACAUAUAGAUAAAACUUGUUAGCUGUCCAUUAACUGAGCUGUAUAUAUGAUCAUGUUUCUUGAGUUACAUUGAAAUUAUUUUGCAUAGUCUCUGUAGCAGUGUAGCACUGUCGUCCCAUUGUUCAUCCAUUUGCUUGAGCGGGCACCAGUAACGUCUCUAUUGUGAGACUUGUUACUGUUUUCAGCGUAUCAGAUACACCACGGGUAGCUUGCCAGGCUCUGCCGUUUGAGCGGGAUACUCGGUAGCUUGCCGGGCUCUCCGAGAGGGGCGGAAGAAUUGAACAAGGGGUCGGCCAUGUGCAAGGCAAACGCCCUACCCGCUGUGCUAUCACUCCAGUCUCUGUAAUAGAUUGUAUUUGUAAACAAAGACACCAAAUUUUCAUGUCUGCUAAAGUUAAGUUCUAACCCUAGUUUUAACUAUUAUUACCAAGGCUAGGAAAACAGGAGUAUUAUGGUAUUAAAGAAAUAUUUUUAUCACAAAAUUACAAAUAAAACAUGUUCAGUAUUAAUUAUGGCAGUAUGCUAGAUAUCUUUGCAAUAAAUUUUUUAUAUAUAAUAUAAGCAACAAAUAAUUUCUGUCUUAUGCAGUUCUUUCGGGCAAUGGUCUUAUUUUUAUUAUAGAGUUGCAGGGAAGGAAGAAUAAAAGCAUACAUGUUUGAAGAGACAUGCAUUGAAACGCAUAUGUAUUGAAGAGAAAGAAAGUCUGCAUUGAGACUAUAGCAGCUCUGUUCUAGGCACAUUAACACUUGUAAUCUCAUAAAUGAUUAUUCACUGUAGAGUGCUUUAUUUGCAGUAAAUUCAUAGGAGGUUUAAUUUGAAAAUCAGAGCCUUUUAAUACAUUGUGAAAGCUAAGAUUGCCAAAGGGACUAUAUACUCAUAAUUUUAAGUGAGCCUUAAAUGACCCAAUGGAGAAAUAUGCCUUUAUAAACAGUGUAAUGUACUGAAAGAGAGUUGUAGCUACAUUUAAAAUCAUUUUCUUCAAUUUUCAAUUUCUGUAAUUCAUACUAAUCUUAGAAUUCCCAUGUUUUGCCUCAUAUAUUAAUU